ACUAUGACGCUAUGCUGCUGUUAGCUUAUAUAGAGCUUCUCACUGAUGCUGCCGAGGUAUAAUUUUAUUCAGCUUCAAGGAUAAACUAAAGCCAUUGAAAACGAUUUACACGACCACAUUCUUUACCAGAAUAUCUGAACUCAAUCAACGUAACAAUGAGUAAGGAUACCGAGGUGGACAUGAAGGACGUGGAACUUAAUGAGAUGGAUCAAGAGAAGCAGCCGAUGACGGGAGGAGCUGGGAAUGGCGAUGCCAGUUCUCCCACCGGUGCAGAGAAGAACGGAAGCAUUAAACUGAAAAUCCCAGAGGAAAUUGAGACAAAAUUUACUGGUCUAUCCAAGGAAGAACUCCUCCGAGUCGCUGGAACACCGGGGUGGGUCCGGACACGAUGGGCCCUUCUAAUUCUGUUCUGGUUGGGCUGGCUGGGGAUGCUGGCUGGAGCUGUGGCUAUCAUUGUUCAAGCACCUCGCUGCAAAGAGCUUCCUGCCAUGAACUGGUGGAAUUAUGGACCACUGUACCAAAUUGAUGUGCAGGCUUUCAGCGAGUCAAAGAAUUUGAAGGGUGUGGAGGAGAAGAUUGACAGUCUGGGCCAGCUGAAAGUGAAGGGCCUGAUUAUUGGGCCCAUCCAUGUUGCCCCGCCCAACCAACCAGAGAGUCUGGAUUUUGUGAAGAUCUCCUCUGAGGUCGGCAAUCUGGAUCAGUUCAAAGAGCUUAUUACAACUGCUCACAAGAAAAGCAUUAAUGUCAUCCUGGAUCUGACUCCUAAUUAUCUGGGAACUGGACCGUGGUACUCUAACAGCAGUGUCACCAAUGUUGCUGAGAGACUUAAGAUUGCACUGGUAUACUGGCUGGGACAAGGUGUUGAUGGGAUCCUGCUGUCUGGCGUAGAGAACGUGGCCACGGCGGUUCCAACUCUUUGGGCUGUAAUUCGAGCCAUUGUCCAGAAUGUGGCUGAGGAGGAAAAGAGGGUUCUGGUCGGUGUGACUGAAAAGACCUCUGCUGCUGAAGUGUCUGAACUGCUGAACUCCACUGGGGUUGACCUACUACUUUCUGGGGUGUUCCGGUCUAAGAGCAUGACUGCUGUGGAUCGAGCUGAGACUCUCCAGCACCUUCUCUCUUCCCACAACCAGACCAAGUUGGCCUGGAACAUCGGGGACAGGAAAGAAGGCCACCUGGCAACUCUGGUGGGACCAGACAUGGUCACCUUCAACCAGUUGCUCCUACUGACACUGCCCGGUACCCCUGUGUUUAAUUAUGGGGAUGAGAUCGCCCUGGAAGAUAAGGAUACAAAGUCCCCUGACAUGCUGUGGGAUUCUCUGGAUGACAAAGACACAAAUGGGACUGCUGAGAUGGAGAAAAAACAGAGGCUUUCUUGCAGUACCUUCUUCAAGACUAUGAGUGAUUUGCGUGGAAAAGAGCGUUCCCUGCAGCACGGAGACUACAUUCCUCUCUUCAAUUCUACCUCGACCCUGGUUUACCUCCGCCGAUGGGACCAGAGUGCCCGUUACAUUGCUGCCUUCAAUUGGCACAAUGAAACUGUGACUCUUCAGCUUUCCCACCCUGAACUCCCAAAACAGGCAGUGGUCCUAGUCAGCACUGACAAGGCCAGCUUGGCCCCUGAGAGUGAUGUUGAGCUCUCCUCGCUGAGGCUUAGCCCAGGUCAGGCUGUUCUGCUACAAUUCCCAUACAUAGCCUAGAGUGGGUGGGAUCCCUGCACUUUCUGUUGGCAUUGAUGUUAAAUUAGGUUUCUCUUUAUGGUGGUGUUUUUAGAUCACCUUUUUCCCCCAGCGUAUGUUGUACUGGUGCGACGGUUGAAGUUUUAAGUGUUAGUGUGCACUCGUCAGAAGAUUUUACUUGAAUCCAGAAAACAAACUGCUGUAAAUUCAUUGUGAUCUAGAGUAGUGUUGAUCAGGUAUACAAAACAGGUCCUCAUCACAUGCCCUAGUCCACCCACUGCAACUACCUUGAUGUUACUGAAAAUGCAUUCCAGACCGUGAUUGAGUUUUAGAUGUUGAUGUAUUUAAUUGCCUUUUUUAAGUUAUUGAUAAUGGGGUGUGUUAAUUGCCCCCUUACUGAAACUUUGUAAUUGUGUUCAGAAGUAAUGCCCAAUGCCUUUCUCAUAUUUCAAUCAUACUUUGAUUGCUUAUCAACUGAACAGUGUAAAACCCAUGAGAAAGGUUGAGGGUCUAUAAAACUGAAAUAAACUGAACUGAGUACAACCUUUA